AUGACUGUUAAUACUGCUGGAGUUAAGCCAGUUUUUAAGGAGGCUGGGGAAGCUAGCGAUGAAGGUAGUCCUAUUUCUAAUUUCCAUAUAAAUGCUGCUCUUAAUUCACAUGAUAUAUGGAUAUUAGAUUCAGGAGCCACAGACCACAUAACAUAUUCUUUAGGUUAUUUUGAGGAAUACCAUAGUACUCAUGACAUCUCAGUGAGGUUACUUAAUGGACAAGUAGUGGAAGGAUCUCCUGGGACCAUGGGUGGUUUUGCUAGACAGGAGAAUGGUUUAUACUUGAUCAAUCACCCACCAAGCAAGAGAAAAAGAAAGUCCAAUGGUUUAUUUUCUGAAAUUCAGUGUAAUAGUGUGACAGUUGAGAUGUGGCAUUGUAGAUUGCGACAUUACCCUAUCAAUAAGAUACACUUGCUAAAUGGAAUAAAAUCUGUCUCUUUUCAUAAGCAGCUUGACUUUGUGUGUGAUGCUUGUCACCUUGCUAGACAAAAGAGAUCCCCCUUUCCUAUUAAAGGGGUGAGAACUGACAAUGGCACUGAGUUUAUGAUGGACACCUUCUUUAGAGAAAAAGGAAUUUUUCAUCAAAGGUCUUGUGUUUACACACCUCAACAAAAUGGGGUGGUUGAAAGGAAACAUCAAAACAUCCUAAGUGUGGCCAGGGCCCUAAGAUUCCAGUCUGGAAUUCCCAUACAGUUUUGGGGACAUUGUGUGAUACAUACAUCCUAUCUUAUCAAUAGAUUACCAACUGAGGUUCUUAAUGGUAAAACCCCUUAUGAGAUGUUGACUGGGAAAACUGCAUAUUACAGUCAACUCAGGACCUUGGGUUGCCUAUGUUUUGGUGGAACAAUCUCACAUGGGAGAAAUAAGAUGCAGCCUAGGGCAAGGAAGUGCAUUUUUUUGGGAUUCCCAGCUAAUGUAAAAGGAUACAUUUUAUAUGACAUUGUUGAUAAAGGUGUUUUUGUUUCAAGAGAUGUCAAGUUUUAUGAGCUUAUAUAUCCUUUUAAAGAACAAAGUGCAGAUUACAAUGAUAAUUUUCAUGCAGUAGAGGGGCUCAACCCUUCUUUACCUUGGUUUUCAUUGACAUUGAAGCAGAACCUACUGUUUUGUAACCUUUUGAUAUCCCAGCUGAUGAUGGAAUCAUGA